AUGACCGCACGAAGAAAAUCAUCACGCAUUCUCAGUGUCAAAGCACCGAAACAGAAGAAACCCAAACAUGUUCCACCGGUACGAUUCAAAAAUGAACGGCUUCUGAAACGAGAAGUUUCACCCACUUCAAACACGGACGACAAUUCAGAUCGAUCAAAUGUGCAAAGUCCUGUCGGUAGUAGAUUGCGUGAGGAAGAAUUUGCAAUGAAUCAGACCUUGAAUGGUUCUGAACCUAAUAUAGAAACGGGUGGACCAAUGGACACUCAAUAUUCGUUUUCACGAUCUCAAAACAGCACUUCUUAUCAAUUUUAUCCCACGUUUCCCUCAACUUCCAACAAUUCUACAACAAACAGCGCCAUGGACUACAUGAGACCAUAUCAAACACCCAUGGGAAACUACACUCCUCAUCAAGGUACACCUGUUCCGGUGUUUGCAACCCAGCCGAAUAGUGGAAGUGCACCAUUCUUAGAUCGCUUAAAUUCAUGUGUUGCCGGAGGAGUAUUUAACUUGUUUCGAGCGGGGAAACUGUUGCACGAAGGUUAUAUGAAUCGGAUCCCAACAUUGAUUGAAGACUGCAACAAAUUUGUUCAAAAACAUUCUAAAUCGGUUACUUCAUACAGCCUCCCACCUUUGGAUUGUUACGUUGAUUCAAAUGUUUCGUUGAUCAUCACUCAAGGUCAACUACUUUAUGGUCUACUGGCUAAACCAACAAUUCCUAAUUCCAUUUAUAACUCCGAUUCAGAUCGAGAAUUCAAAAAACUUCGAGGUUCUCUAUAUAGAAUCCGACAUAUGAAGUGUUUUUACCCGUCAGAUCCUCCUUUUUCAGGGUCUGAAAUAAGCGUCACUCCCAUCCCAUUCGACAGCAGGCACAGUGACGAGGCUCACAUAACUUUAAAAUCGUAUCUUUUCCAAAUAGUUGGAGCCAGCUGCUCUGUACCGCAAGAUAUUCAAUGUGAACUUUGGAGUCUCCCGUUUGACAAUGAGCUCUCUACCCACACUCCAUUUCCCGUCAAAUUUUACACAGAUCUUCGAACCCUCUUCCUCAACUUUUUUGGAAUAGAAGAAGACGAAUUGGAGUGCGGUCAAUGGGAGGAUUCAUUCAGUCGAAUGCGAUGUUUGCAGCCAUGGGAAUCUCUAGCAAACAAAAAGCGAAAGUAUCAAGCACUCUCCUUGGCUAGGUCCAUGUACAUGGGAAAAGGAGGCUUUCAUAAGUGUCUUAAAGAAGCUCUUAAAGAAAUUCGCACUGCCGUCUACUCGCCAUCUCUCGGUUCUAAGGAGUCAGGGUCUUGGAGUUACAGAGACAGAAAUUCGAAGCGAAAAAUACGAGCUCCUGUCUCUUGUGAAGAUAAUCAAGAUGAGAAUAUAAGCACUCCGACUACUUCCUCCACUUUCCGCCAUAACCCUUCGAAUUUAAUUGAUUCCCGUAACUUCAACGAUUGA